UAAAAAGUAACCUAGUGCUAGCUUUCUUCAGAACUAUAGAUACAAAUUCCAAGCAAUCAAUAGCAAACGUACAGCAUGCAUACUUUCUCCUUGAUUUGUCAAGUUUCUCUCAACUACCGUUUACACAACAGUCUAAAAUUCCUCCUUAAUUACUCUUUUUUCAGUUUUUUUUAAACCCAAAUAUAACCUGACGCAAGCUGUGGUUUUGGUGCUAGAGCUGCCUAAAGCCGCCUCUUUUGGCAGUUGGUGUUCACGUACGAAGGCUUGUAUUUUUAUCAGUGCUUGGGAAUGACACAGAAAUAUUUUCUUCAUCUAUUGAUGAAUGUAGCUUUUAGCAGCAGUAAUGGUUAAAGUGGCAUCCAAUCUUCUGAAGUUAGAAUUUGCCAGUUUAGAAGAUAUUUUGCCCUUUUUUUAACAGCAAACAUGAAACUUCUCUUUUUCAGUACUGGGUACUGAAAUUCACUCAAAUUUACAAAAGCAGAUUUUUUAGGAGGGAGGAUUCUACAUCCCUGCAACUUCCUCCAUGCUGCUGUUGUCAAUGUGGUCAGUGCUGCACCUGUGAAAACUGGAAAAGUGUAAGGCAGAAGAGGAAAAAUAAGCGUCCAGCUAGGUACUCAGAUCACCUAAACUGUUUGAACCAGCAAUAGGUGAAUACCUAGCAGAGCACAGCAGAGAGCCAGAACAUCCAGUGGCAACCUUAUGCAGUGCCUGACCCAGAACAUCCUGCCCCAACUCUGUAGCACUUAACAUAGCGUUGCCUUGAACCUCCUUCAAUAACUAUAUACAAUAUCUAGGAGUCCAUCCCAGCACCCAGAAGACAGUAGAAAGAUUCCUGUUGAUUUCAAUGGGAGUUGGAUUAAUCCUAGGAUACCACAGCCCAGAAUUCUGAUUCUGGCUUCAGAUUGUGUCGUCUUUCUGCUUCUGUGGUUCUGGUGUGAUUUCCGGUCAGCCUUGCCAGAGAUGGGUGACAGGAAAAGCAUUCAGAGUCUCAAGGAGCCCUAGGACAAGGAAUCAGAUCUUCUACAUCAAGGUAUAAUCUCUGCUAUGGUGAGCAGGAAGGAUCCUUUUCUCCUGUGAAGCCUUGGUCAAUUUGCCAGGUGCAUUGUAGGAGAAGGGAGUGAGGCAGUUAUGCCUUCUUGAAUAUAUUGGAUAUUGGCUACUGGGUUUAACGGUCUGAGCCAGUGUGGCAAAUGCUACAUUCCUGUAACACAUGGUGAUUUGAGUUUGAGUAUUUCUUAUUUUCAACUUGCCUUAAAUUAGAAUCCCAGGACUAGCGCCUGGGCAGUAGUUUGUGACAUGCCCAGGAAAGUACCAUUCCAUGCAGGGGGGAAGACAGACUUAGGCAAGUGUCUUCUGAUGAAAAUAUCCAGCAUUGUGUACAUUUGUGUAAGUGGGUGAAGGGUGCAGGAUCCUUUAGGGAAACAGCCUCCUGGGACCUUCUGCUAACUCUUUUUUUUUUUUUCUUAAUACCACAGGGUUUUCUUCUUGCUUUUUCAAAUGAAGGGCAGGGUUUGUCCACCACCCCUCUGGUGCGGGCAGUUUACCUUGGGCCAGACAGUGGAGCUUCAAAGCAGUUGGACACACAAUCAGUUUCACAGGUUCAGAUUUGCAAACCUGCCUUUUAACCUGCGGAUCCAAAGUCUGGGAGAGAACUUGUCACCAACAUGAAAACAAUUAUUGCAGCCUAUUCCCAAAAUCGUAGUGGGAGCCGUGCCAACAUUCAGGCCGCCCUGCAUACUUUGCUCACCGUGCCCUGGCCCUCGCAGCGGGAGUUCCGAACAUGUAUCCAGCUCCUCUCAGUUCUGCAGUGGGUCCUCAGCUUCUUGCUGAUGGGAAUCGUCUUCCUGUUUCUCCUCAUCUAUUUGGUUUUCACCAGUUUCUGGCCAGUUUCUGCUCUAUACCUUGCCUGGGUAAUCUUUGACUGGGACGCACCGGAGCAAGGUGGGAGGAGGUCAGCAUGGGUGCGAAACUGGCCUGUCUGGAAGCAUUUCCGAGAUUAUUUCCCUAUUCAGUUGGUAAAGACUCACAGCCUCCUCCCCAAUCACAAUUAUAUCAUUGGCGCACACCCCCAUGGGAUCCUCUGCGUUGGGGCCUUCUGCAACUUCAUCACUGAGUCCACUGGCUUCUCUGAGAAGUUCCCCGGCAUCAGACCCUUCCUGGCCACACUGGCUGGCAACUUCCGGCUGCCUGUCUUCAGGGAGUACCUGAUGAGUGGGGGCCUGUGCCCUGUGACACGCCAGGCAAUAGGGUACCUGCUCUCUCAGAAUGGCAGUGGGAACGCUGUGGCCGUCGUGAUUGGAGGUGCAGCCGAGUCACUGUCUUGCCAGCCAGGAAUCACAACAUUAAUCCUCAAAAACCGCAAAGGUUUUGUUCGGAUGGCGCUGCAGCAUGGGGCACACCUGGUUCCUGCCUUCUCCUUUGGUGAGAACGACCUCUUCCGGCAGGUGGUUUUUGAAGAGGGCGGCUGGAUGAGGGGCAUUCAGAAGAGGUUCCAGAAGCUGGUGGGCUUUGCUCCUUGUGUCUUCUACGGACGGGGUUUAACCUCUAUCCAUUCCCGAGGCUUCCUGCCCUACCCAAAGCCUAUCACCACUGUCAUAGGAGAACCUGUGACGGUGCCCAGGAUCAAGGAGCCAAGCCACGAGACGGUGGAUCUGUACCAUGCUAUGUACAUCCGCUCCCUGCUCAAACUCUUCAAUGACCACAAAGCCAAGUAUGGCCUGUCGGAGGCAGACGAGCUGAGGAUCCUGUGACUGAGGCCAGAGAGAAGCCCGGGGACUCUGGGCAGCCAAGCCCUAACUCUCAAGGGCUGCCUGCUCUUGGAGGUGGGAAUGGCAGCUUACCUGGCAGGAUGGGGGCUCUCAGGGACAUACUGUUCUGCUGCACCCCAACUACUGCUUGCUUUCUGCACAGGUGCCUUACUCACUUGUCCCCUUGCUGCUGCCCCAGCCUCUGCUUCUGUUUGUUCCCUCCAGAAGAUGAAUGAAGGAAGGAAGGAGCCCCCUGCUUGUCAUAUCCCAGCGUUUCCUGUGUGCUUUCUGCUCGCUCCCAUGGGCAAUGCAGUGAGUUGGCUUCCUCAGCUCCCAAAGCCCCCUCAGGGAAGGGGAAGGGAGGAGCACAGGAAGGACGGGUGCUGGGGCUUGGAGGGGAUGGGGAGUGUGCACAUGAGCAGAGAGACAUGGGGGCAUGAGUGUGGGGACAUUUCUCCUCUGCCCGGACCCCACUCUCCUGGAGGGAGAUGAAUAGUAGCUUUGUGCUGCUGCUAAUGGAACAGAGGAAUGGAACCCUGCAGAUUAAACUCUGCCCAGGGCUCCAGCUCCGGCUAAGGAGGAGGGACGGUGAGAUGGAUAGAAUGGGGGAAAAGAUGGGAGGGGGGAGGAAAAAUGGAGGGAAAGCCCUUGAUUGUAACGAAUGUGAAAAACAGGGUUACCAAGGGGGCCUGCAGUGCCAUGCAGGGUGUGUUGUGAGGGGCAGGGCCCUGAGACUGAGGGUCUCUGAGGAGCUGGCUGCUGACUCAAUUCCUUGCCUAAGGAAAGCUAGCCAGCUAUAACUCCUUGUGGCCUUGUGUCUAUCCCUGGUGCCCAUGUAGAAUGGAGCCUCCUGGGAGGGUUUGUCCUUCCACAUCCAUUUUGCUGACUAAGCAUGUAGCUUGGAAGCAGGCAUGUCAGGCAGUUUAUCCCAGGGGGACAUGUCAUCCCUGCACCAGGCUGGAGAGUUCUCCCUGUGGUGGUUAGCAUGGGCAGCUUUGCCUCAGCCUUAGAAUCAGGGCAGGGACCUGGCUACCCUUCCCACAGUGAGGAGGGAUGGACAGUCAAGGGGUUCAUGGGAAGCUUGGUGAGACUCUGGCCAGGACGUAGUCAGCAUGCGCAAGAUUUUCCUUUGAAUCUCCCCUCCCCAACACAUCUUGUUCCCUGCCUCAGCUGUGGCCAUCCCUUCGUUUUCCCCAUGGCCCCCGUAUGUGCCACCCACCACUUUCUUCGAUCAUGGGUCCCAGCCCACAAUUUCUUGUCCCCGUCUAUGUGAGUUGGCAACC